AGGGGGAAUGAAAGCCAACGAACAAACAAAACUUUCAGACUACUUCAGUUCCGUUCUGUGGUACUCGUGAGUACGCGUUACGUGUUAGUGUAGCGAGUAGAGGUUAUGUGUCAGUCACUUCUGUGAUGAGGACGUGUUACUUUAGUUUUAGUUUGGUAAUUUUGUGAAUUGUCGUGCCAUGGAGAAAAUAGAAGAACCUUCCACGGAUACCCUAUUGUCCAGAAAUGAAAUCCCUAUAAUUGAUUUAGCCUAUAUGGGUCCUGUGACGACACCGAUCAAGCCAUGGUUACGGAAAAUAGCAGAUCAGCUUAACCGUUCUUUGUCCACAAAGGGCUUGGUGUUUCUUGUCAACCAUGGCAUCACAGAAGAAAGAUUGAAAGCUGUGUACAAGAUAAUGGAUAAGUUUUGUGAUCUGCCAGACGACAUCAAGAAUGUUUAUCGCCUCAACCCUCCUGAAGACAACCAGGGAUAUGUUCCUGCAGGGAUGGAGAGGUUCAACAGAGAGUGGAGAAGAGAGAUGAGACAUUCUUACAACAUUCAGAAUUUUUCAAGGAAGAUUCCAACAAAAGAGAUCCCCAACUUUGAAGAUACAGUGGGAGGAGUGGCUGAAGAGUUUCGCAGACUGGCCUCCAUCUUACUACAGAUCAUAGCUGUGUCACUUGAUCUGGGACCAGAUAAGUUCCUGAGCUUCCACAAGGGCAUGUUGAAGCAGGACAACGCCUCCACAUUCCGUAUGCUGUACUAUCCGCCCCUAGGUGAGGCCCCCCUCCCCUACGCCACCAGGUGUGGGGAACACACAGACUAUGGCACCUUCACACUGCUGACUCAGGACACUGAGGGCGGACUGGAGGUUUACACCGGAGGUAAAUGGUGCAGUGUGGGACAUCUGCCAGGCGCUAUCCUGGUCAACCUGGGGGAACUCAUAGAGAGCUGGUCUUCAUCUCGUUACAAAGCUAUUAAACACCGUGUGGUGAUCCCGGACGAAUCAAAGUUGCGGACUCGCAGCCGUCACAGCAUCGCUUUCUUUGUGCACCCCGACGACAACACGGUGGUGGAUCCUGCGAUGUUCCUGCCGCCUUCACCUGCUGAGAAUGUAGAAGAACAUCGGCACAUCACGCUGAUGACCGCCUACCAGCACCUGCAACAGCGGCUCAGACAAUCGUAUUUAGUUAAUUUACUGAAGGUUGCCCAAGGAGGCAACAAAUUAGGCAAAUCUUGGAAAUCAGGGAAAAGUCAUACAGACAAAGAAGAGCCGACUACUCAAACUCUGGCAACGAUUAAGGAGCCGUUUCCGAGGGCGGAAUGCACCACGGCCCAUCCCCCCUCCCAGCCUUGAGCCCCCCACCCCCCCCUGCAGCCGCACUACGCUUCUUGAGUCUGAGGAGAGUCGCCAGUUGUAACUCGGUCUGGGAGUUUGUAACCGAUCUGACAUCAUUGUCAUUCAAGAUUUCCAGUAAAACUGGAUACAAUAUACUCGUAUAUGGACAAAUGGAUAUUCUGGACUUCACUUUAACACAUUAACUACGGCACAUGCCACAAUGGGUCAGGUGUAGGAAUACUAGCCUAGUUAGGUUCACUCAGUGUGAAGCUGCAGUGAAUGUGUUAAACUCUGGGUAUCAAUUUUACUGGUUUCAAAUGUUAAUAACUUUAAUUUGUUAUUGUUCUGUUGACAGUCUCGUCACAUCAAGUUUUCCUCAUUGGAAAGUAAACCUGUAUCGUUAUUACAUAAAACGUAGUAUAAAAUGGGGAGAGCGGAAUUCACUUAAGUUUUCUAAUUGGCUAAAGUUUUUAAACUAUUACAAUGGUUUUUUUUCUAAAUAGAGAAAAAUAAAAAGAAUUAAGACAUUUUCACCUUGAUGGUGAUUGAAAUAUGGAGAUUUCAAUGAAAUCUCUGUAAAAACAAUUUUAAAACAGUAUUAUUGAUGUAACAAACCACUAGUUGUAAAUUAAUAUUACAGCAAGUAUGAACAUUACAUAAUGUUCAAUUACAAACUGUCUUCCACAAACUGCCUUCCAUAAAAUAUAUAGUGAGAAGUUUAUAAUAAAAAACUAGUGGUACCAAAACUAGUUGAAAACCCAAUUUUGUUGCCAGAUUUAAGUUGAACUCCCAGAUAAGAUGUUAAGGCCUUAUGGUUGUAAUAUUUGUGAUAUUCCAACCCAUACAUUCUAGCAAUAAUGCUUUGCGCACAACAUGUACUUAUAAGGGCACAAUAAUGUAACAAGAAAGUAUUAUAUUUGUAUUAAAUAUCAGAAUCAUACUAUUUUUA